AUGAUAAUAAUAAGUUUGAAUAAUUACGUUUUUGGUUGUUUUUUGAUUAAAGAAGAGUACCUAAAGGGUCUGUAUGUACUUUUUUUUUUCGUCAUCCUGGUGAUCAGCCUUAUCCUUUCUUUAAUUGUCACCAUUUAUCUCAAGAAGAAGCGGAACGCGCGCGCAUACAAAAGCCCACGGAAUGCCGACCUCGCGCAGCCUCUCCUGUGA